AUGAGAGAGGAAGAUGGAUAUGACAAAAAAGAGGACUCAAUUACAAUCCAGCCUCGGCUAUAUAGUUUUGAUAAUUCUUGGGAUAAUGUUGUGAUGAGACUAAAACAGACGGAUUCUUUAAAAUUUCCAAUCAUAAUAGACCAUGUUGUAAGAAGUGGAAAUUUAUUUUACAUAUCUUUGAUUACUGGUCAGUUGUUAAGAUGGAAUCCGGAUGAGGUGACAACAAAUUUAAUAGUUUUGGAGCCUCCAGUAGGUUUUGGUAGUGGAGUUGGAAACAAUUUCGAGAAUUUGGACAAAGGAAAAUCUUCCCAAACACCACAGAUUUUUGUAGAUCAGACAGGGGACCAUGCACUUAUUGUUCAUAGUACUGGAGAGACAUGGUACUUACAUUCUACACAAGUCAAAGCAAGACAUAUCCAAAAAUUGAGUAACUAUUCUAUUUUGAGUGUAGCUUGGAAUAACUGGGAGACCUCAAGAAACUCUGCAGUUUCUGUAAUUAUUGGGUGUAAAAAGGGGACUAUUUUGACCACAAUUCUGGGUCCUGAUAUAUCAUCCAGCUCCACAGUAAUUAGAGUUUUACAUGAGAUCUCUAAUACUCCAAUUUUAGGAGUAAUGUUGGAUUCAAUUUGGAUGAAGGAAUCUGACUUUAAUGAUGAGCAAAAUAGUGAAGCAUCUUUGAAUAAAUUACAAUAUAUAGUAUCUGUUUCAACACCAACAAAAUUGCUUUUAUGGUAUGGACAGAAUAGGAUCAUAGAUUUGUUUGUUAAAAAUGAUGAUUUAGGAGAUUCAUCCCGGUACUGUUUGGAAAUAGGAUCUAAUGAGACAGCCUCACUAACAAGUAAAAUACGAUUAUUGGAGGUAACUAAUUAUCACUUUCUAGUUUGGAUUAAUAAUAGAGAAAUAUCUAUAUACUAUGUUAAUAGAAGUAAACACACUAUUUUAGAAGCUUGUGAUUAUAUUGGGAAACUGAAGAAAUAUGAUUUUUGUUCAAAUUCUAAUAAGAUUCCAAAUAGUGUUGAGUGUUCCAGAUACCAUAUUAUUGCUUUAUUUGAAGACUACUUGGAUAUGAUUUCUCCAAUUACUGCAAGAAGCGUCUACAAAGUUUCUAUUGUGAGUAUUCCCGGGCAUUUGGAAGUAGGAGGAGAAGUUAUACAAGAUUUAAAAGUAUCUGGAGACGGAGGAGGAAUCUCAACUAUUAAAGCCUUGGCUGUUGAACUUUCAUCCAACUUUAAUAAUCUAAGUACUCUCAAAGGUAACUCCAAAAAGGAGGAAUUAGAAAUAUUGGACAGAAUCAGCUUUAUUUGGGGAUACAACAAUGAUAACAUAUACAAAAUUAAUAUCAUUAAUGAAGGAGGAACAUUUUGGAAAGAGUGGCUUUAUGUUGGGAUGUACGAGGAAGCUCUUCUUAGUGCUGAAAAGAUUUCUAGUACAACACUCAAAUCAAAAAAGAAGUCAAUGAUUAGGAGACUUCAAUUCUUUCACCUUUUAAGGAAAGGGAAAGUGAGGCAGGCAGCUCAGCUUUUAUCCACGAUAGAUGAUGAACUUUCAUUUAAUGAAAUUUGUAAUAUGUUUAUUUAUAAUGGAUGUUGGGAAGGCUUAAUAGUAUACUUGACUUGUAAACUUCACCAGCUAAAAUCCAACCAUAAGGAUCCAAUUACUACAAGUACUGUUUAUCAAGAUGAAACAAUUAUCUUAAAGUUUGUUGUUUUAAGCAUCUGGCUAGUAGAAUUGAAUUCAUUUGUAUCUUUUUCUCAGGGAGAAAAAAACAUUGAGGAUAGUUAUUACUCAAGUCUAAUUUCAGUUUUGAAGUUGAUAUACCAAAUUGAUGAAAUUGAGACAAAAGUUUAUCAGAUACUUACCCAAUAUAAUCGGAGAAUUGCAAUUCAAUAUUAUUCAGAUCUUAGAAGGGAUUGGCAUGUAUUGGUACAAGAAUAUAUAUGUUUUGGAAUAUUGGAUUCAAGUUUAGUUAGAAGAUGUUUCGAGAUCUUUGUUUCUAUUGGAGGGAACGUAUCUAAAAGGGAUAAACUUUUAAUUCAAUAUUCUCCGAUACUGGCAUUUUUAGAUCCAAAGAGAUUUCUUUCAUUACUUAAGAGACCAUCCUUUACUUCAAUUGACGUAAAUUUAAUUUUACCAUAUUUGCUUAAUCUGAAUGCAAUUGAAUCUCAAUCUAAGAAUUCUUCUGAAUCCAAGGAUGAGAGAGAAGAACUUGAUAAGCUUGCGAUUCUGUUAAUUGAGAAUUUUCUUAAUAUGAAUGGUAAGCAAAGAAACCAAUCUGAAAUGGAAAGAGUAUCAACAAGAGUUAAGUUAAUGUUACAUACAGAUACUUGGAAAGGUAAUAAAACAAUCUGGAAUGUAUUGGCAAUCUUAUGUUCAAAACUUGAAGAAGGAGAAGAAUUACUUUUGUCUUAUAUUACUCCUUUACUUAGCAAAGCCAAGAUGGAAAGUUCACUUUAUGAUGCAAAUUUAUCAGAGGCAAAACUUGAAAUGGAGUUUGAUCUUUCUUUUCUUCUCAAUAUAUGCAAUACAAAACAAUAUAAGAAGCUUAAAGCUUAUGUAUAUUGUUUAUUAGGAUUCUAUGAUUCUGCUAUGUCAGUUUGCCUUAAAGAACUAAACAGUACGAAGCUUACCAAAGACAUUAUCUAUAACUUUAUAGAGAGUUAUGACCAAAGAAGGAAGUGGAUUUUGAACUUGAUUAAGCCUUUAGGAUACAAUAGAGAUAUUCAAGGGUUAACAAAACUUCUUGCUGCUUCCCCAAAGUAUAUUUUAACUUUAAGUGAUGUAUUAAUGGUGAUUCCAGAUGACAUUCAGCUUUCAUUCUUGACAAAUGUAAUUUCAAACAAUAUUAAUCAGUUUGAUGAGUUAUUGCUUAAGAGAACAAAAAUAUACGAGAAUUAUAAGCAAUCCAGAGAAAACCUUUUGAUAGACCUUUUUUCUUGCCAUACUUCUUAUAAUGUAAUUGAUCCCCAGAAUGAUAUCUGUUUUGUAUGUUAUAGAGGCUUAUUUAAUUACCAGGGUUUUACCUUUGAAGAUAUCAGAGAGUUUGCUCAUUCUCUGAGAAUUAACCACUUAGACCAAAUCCAUUUUAGCAGUCUAAUUAAUUAUUUUCUGGUAAAGUCUAAAGACCAAAACAAUAAGCUUAAAGAUACCGGAACAGGAAUCAAUUAUAGAACUGAAACUGAAGAAAAUAAUAAAUCAGAAUUUGAUGAAACCCAGUAUUACAAAUUCCUAAAUGACGACUUGAAUUCCAAUAUUUUAUUGUUUCCCUGUUCCCAUAGUUUUCACUUUGGAUGUAUGCUUUUAAAGUAUACUUCACUGAUGAAUCAUGAUGAAAUUAAUAAAAUAACAAGGAUUAUAGAAGGCAUUUGCAAGCAUUCCACAAUAUAUAUGAAGAAUUAUAAUAGGAAUAUGAAAUCUCAGUUAAAAUCUGACGACAGUAACAAACAUUCAAAGAUGAUUUCCAGAAAUAUUCUAGAUUACCAACAAUCAAGAAAGAAUCUCAAUAUGAAUAAAUCCAAAAAAAAGAUGAAUAUGAUAUCAAUUAUUGGUCAAACCUCAAAUUCUGUUUUGGCUUCAUUAUUUAAACAAUUAAUAAACUUGGUAAAUAAUGACUGUUUGAUAUGUGGGGAGUUGAUGAUCCGAAAUAUUGAUAAGCCAUUUAUUACUGAAGAUUCUCAAAACAUUGAUUUUAAUAACUUUUAUAUUUAG